AUGUCCAGCGAAAAGACGCAUAAUGAUGCUGAAUCGACGGUUGUGUCGACUGGGACCGGCGUUGAGUCGCUAGGGACGACAUUCGUCUCGCCGGUCACGGAACAAGAUGUCGGCAAGGCGGCCGCCGUGGACGAGAAAAUGGUGUCGCCGGUCGACGAGAAGGAGGUCGUCCGGCCACUCAACGACACGGACAAGCAGGCCUUCUCCCGGUCGGCGGAUUCUGGCAAGGAAGUCGCCCCUCAGCCGUCGGGAGAGUCAGACACGGACAAGAUCUUUGUACCUCAAGCUCCCCCCAUCAGCAUGGAAAAGGAAGUCUCCAUGCCCGUGAGUGGAGAAGCGCAAGCCAUCACAACGCCGCUGGGCGGAGCGGACACGGAAAAGUUCCCUCUGCUGCAUAGGACGUCGACGACAGGAUCGGGAAGGACGUUGCACGCCGGCUUCCGCCUCGAAAAGAAGCACAAUCUUGGCCUCAUCUGGUAUCUCAACCAGCAGAUUGCGUGUAGGAUGGUGGAUCUGAACAGCGGCGCCAUUGGGCCGGCAGCGUUUGUUACUAGCUCAAUGGCCUGGCUGGAAGUAAUGACGGGUCUGCCACCGAUGUUCGAACUGUAUGUGCCCGGAGGGCAGAUUCGAGUCUCCAGGUUUAUACCACUUGGUUUGCAGGGGCUGGUUAGCAUGAAAGGUUCCAUUGAGUGUGUGAAGCCAGGCUCGGCAGGAGAGCUGGAGAAGUGGAACAUCAAGAGGAGAGGCAUAGUCAUGGGGGGACGGGAGUAUUCUGUCACCCGCGAAAACGAGAUGGGGAAUGGGGGCUUCGUUUGGAAGGGCUCGACGAAAGUCGUCAAAGAGGUGUACUCUGCAUCCGGUGCCAAAGAGAGCGUAAAACACGGAAGUCUCAAGCUCGUGACGCAGGGUGAGGGAGGCGAAGUUCUGGCCGUCUGGAACCAAUGGCGGGAUUCGGAGGUUCUUGGAGAUCUCAUCGUUUUUGAUGGUGUGGUCGGCAAGAUAUCGGUCGAAGUCAUCGUGACAAGUGCCCUCGCCGUCGUCCAUGCGGAAAGAGCGACAGGCAUGAAUUGGCUUGGAGGACUGGGGAAGUAA